CGGAAUUCUUUGUGUUUCUUUCAGUACCCAUCUGUACAUAGAGUAUAUAAAACGAGUUACCCAAUCUACUCAUCGAUUCCAAAACGUAUAUUUUCUGGAACCCGCAUUGUUACAUCGCCAAUUCGUGUUGUAAGCUCACCAGCUCGCGUUACAACGACACGCAUUGUUCGUUCUCCAUCACCAGUGCGUAUUGUUCGGACUACAACUCGAGUGAUCUCUUCUCCGGAGCGUACCACCACCUAUAGUUAUACAUCACCAACAACUCUUUAUAGCCCAACAUAUGUACCAUCAACUUAUUACAGUUAUUAUACACCAUCUUCCUAUACGUACACUACACCAUCCUAUGUAUACCAACCCAUUUCACGUGUGUAUACACGCUCACUUAGUCCAGUAAGGAUAACAACUUCACCUGUACGUGUCACUCCUUCCUACCUAAAGAGAAUCCCAACAGGAUACGGUGCUCGUGCUCUAACUAAUUACCUCAACACCGAACCCUACACUACCUUCCAAGAUGAGACUAGAAGAAUUCGUCAUAGAGCACAAUCUUUGAUUCGCGAUGUGCACACUCCAGUUAUUCGUAGAGCACGCAGCGCCACACCCUUCCCAGUGAUAGGAUACAACUAUGAACCAACCUCACAGUUGGCUCUUGAUGCAUAUGUUGCCAGAGUAACAAACCCAGUGCGUCAUGUCGCUAAGGAAGUACAUAACAUUAUACAAUAUCCUGAAUCACCACGUAAAUAUGUAGUAGCGGAUCUGGACCCUUUCCGACCAACGAGAAAAUUUUCUGCUCCACUACCAUUGGAAAAUCCUGUGGAUGAAGAACACAGAGAGAAAGUUCGUAUGCGUCAGGAACGUCUUUUAACUGUAAAUGAAGAAGCUUUGGAUCAAGUAGAAUUGGAAAAAAAACAAGCUCAACGUAUUGAUGAAGCCAGACGUAAGGCUGAGAAGGCUCUGGAAGAACAAAAGAAACGCAAGGCUGAAGAAGAGGAACAAAAACGUUUGGAAAGUGAACGUAAAACAAAAGCGGCUGAAGCAAAAGCUGCAGAAUCAAAAGCUGCACGUAAAGCUGAACAAGAAAAGGUGCGUUUAGCUGAAGAGCAAGCGCAACAAGCAGAAGCGGCUCGUGCCGCAGAAGAAGCACGAUUGGCAGAUGAGGCGCGUUUAGCUGAAGAAGCACGUUUAGCCGAAGAAGCACGUGUUAUUGAAGAAGCUCGUUUAGCCGAAGAAGCUCGAAAAGCUGAAGAAGCUCGUUUAGCAGAAGAAGCUGUAAAAGCUGAAGAAGCUCGUUUAGCCGAAGAAGCUCGAAAAGCUGAAGAAGCUCGUUUAGCUGAAGAGGCGCUUUUGGCUGAAGAGGCUCGUUUGGCAGAAGAAGCUCGUUUAGCUGAAGAAGCACGCGUUGCUGAAGAAGCUCGUCUUGCCGAAGAGGCACGUGUCGCUGAAGAAGCACGCAAAGCGGAAGAAGAACGUUUAGCCGAAGAACAACGUGUUCGUGAAGAAGAACUAAAUCGCUUAGCUGAAAUUGAAAAACAAGCAGCAGAGGAGCAAGAAGCUGAAUUAGCACGUCAAGCUGCCGAAUUAGCUGAAAUCGCCCGUCAAGAAGCUGAAAUUGCUGCCCAAGAGCUGCAAUCACUACAACAAGCAGCAUCUGAUACAAAUGUCACUGCCACAAGUUCUGACGAGCCAAUCGUUGAACAACCUGCCACUCCUGUCGAAGACAUAAAACAGGAACCAAUCAUCGAACUGAGCACAGGCAUCGAUGAAGUCAUAUCAGACACUGAUGCAAUCGCUACCGAAGAAUCUGAAGAAGAAUAAAAAUAUUAAAUAAAAACUUAUCUACACGUUACA